AUGGAGGCAUCUGGAGUCCUGUCAGCCAUGCAAGCAGAGUUCAACUGCCCCAUCUGCUUAACCAGCAUGAGAGAACCUGCCACCAUUGAGUGUGGGCACAACUUCUGUUAUUCCUGCAUCCAACAGUGCUGGGAGGGUCCUCAGGAUAAUUUCUCUUGCCCUGUGUGCCGGCACCUAUGUCAGAAGAGGCACUGGACUGCCAACAGGAAGCUAGCAAAAAUAGUGGAUUUCAUUCAGCUCAUGGACAUCGGAAGCAAGGAGGUGAGUCCACAAGAGGAGAACCUAUGUGAGAGGCACAGCCAGGUGCUGAGUCUCUUCUGUGAGGAGGACCUGGAGGUGCUCUGUCCUGACUGUGUUGAGCCCCAUGACCAACAGAGACACCAUGUAAGGUCUCUGGAGGAGGCUGCUUCUUAUUACAGACACAAAACUAAUGAUUCCAUCACACUCUUGAGGGAGGACUUACAGAAAUUACAGAAAGUGGAAGAGAGGGAAGACAGAAAGUUCCAGGAGCUGAGAGACCAAAUACUUAAACACAAGUCCAAGUUAGACUCUGGUAUAGAGAACUUGAAAGAAUUUGUGGACAGACAGCAAGAAGCAGCUCUAUCCAGACUAGCUCAAGAAGAGAAAGACCUUCUGCAGAGAAUCAAGAUAAAUAUCACUGACUUUAAAGACCACAUCUGCACCACCAAGGCUCAGCUCCAGGAAGUUUCUGAGAGAUGUGUGAUGUCAGACAUGAAGCUUCUGAGUGAGGUCAAGAGGAUUCAUCAUAUCUAUGAGAGUCGAGAGGUCCCAGCUGUGUGCUUCUCCCAGCUACGGAGGGAGGUAUAUCAUCUGCCUCCACUGGAAUCAGCCCUGGAGAAGAUUCAACAGAAAUUCAGAGCAGAGGUGACCCUGGAUCCACAUACCGCAGAUCCUCAUCUGUGCGUGUCUAAGGACAAGCGAUCUGUGACACUGAGGAAGAGAAAAAGUAAAGUUCUCCAGGGACAGCAGAGGAUUCCCUUUGAUCUGGAAGUCCUGGGCUCCCAAGAAUUCCAUGCUGGCCGCCAUUACUGGGAGGUGCAGGUGAAUGACAAGCCCAGCUGGGCCAUAGGGCUGUGUAGCCACUCCCCCUCCAGCAGGGGGCAGCAGCAGCCAAGGUCUGGUCAGAACAGGCGCUGGACCAUUCACCUGCAAGAUGGAUUCUAUGUGGCAGGAGGUGCCCGUCCUGUUGUUCUGACUUUGAAGAGAAAGCCCAGAGGCAUUGGAGUUUACCUGGACUGGGAGCUGGGGCAGAUUUCCUUCUACAACUUGAGAGACAACUCCCACCUCCAUUCUUUCAAGGAGACAUUUUCCUACUCACUGAAGCCUUAUUUCUGCGUGGGACCAGAUUCCAUUCCUCUCUCCCUCUGUGGACUAGCUGAUCUUUAG